GACAAAAUCCAGCUAACAACGACACUCUCUCUUUCUCAUCGCUCCACUCUCUUCUCUCUGGAUCUCCCUCCCACGUCAACGACCACCAUCUCGCCUUCUCCGUCACCGGAAACAAUGAUCCCUUACGCAACGAUCGAAGAGGCCUCUCUGGCGUUAGGCCGAAACCUCACGACACUCGAGUCUCUCUGGUUCGAUUACUCCGCCACGAAGUCAGAUUACUACCUAUACUGCCACAACAUCCUCUUCCUCUUCCUCAUCUUCUCCCUCGUCCCUCUCCCUCUCGUCUUCGUCGAAUUGGCGCGAUCCGCCUCGGGCUGGUUCGAUCGGUACAAGAUUCAGCCCAAGGUCAAGAACUCCUUCUCCGACAUGUUCCGUUGCUACAGAGAUGUAAUGAAGAUGUUCAUCCUCGUCGUUGGCCCUUUGCAGCUCGUCUCUUAUCCUUCAAUCCAGAUGAUUGAGAUUCGGAGUGGGUUGCCGUUACCGUCUUUCGGGGAGAUUGCGGCGCAGUUAGUGGUUUACUUCUUGGUGGAGGACUAUACGAACUAUUGGGUUCAUAGAUUCUUUCAUAGCAAGUGGGGUUACGAGAAGAUUCAUCAUAUCCAUCAUGAGUACACUGCUCCUAUAGGGUACGCUGCGCCUUAUGCGCAUUGGGCUGAGGUUUUGCUUCUUGGGGUUCCGACGUUUCUUGGACCUGCUAUUGCUCCUGGACACAUGAUUACCUUCUGGUUGUGGAUUGCUUUGCGCCAGAUUGAAGCCAUUGAGACUCACAGCGGAUAUGAUUUUCCAUGGACACUGACGAAAUUCAUUCCAUUCUAUGGUGGAGCUGAGUAUCAUGAUUACCAUCAUUACGUUGGAGGACAAAGCCAAAGCAACUUUGCUUCAGUUUUCACUUACUGCGAUUACAUCUAUGGAACUGACAAAGGUUACCGAUUCCAAAAGAAGCUUCUUCAGCAGAUCAAGCAGGAGUCCAAGAAGAGCAACAUGCAGGAUGGAGGAGAUAAGUUAGAUUAGUAAAACGUAAAGCUCCUCAGGGAGGUUUGAGUUUACUUAUCAUAAGAUAAGUUAUAAGCAAUCUGCUAAUCUAAUCAAGUCAAGACUCACAAAAGACAGAGUAGUUUAGUUUUCUUCUCUUUUCUGCUCUGUCCUGUGUUACAUGGACAUGGUUGUGCAUCUUCAAAAUGUGUUCGCUUCUCUCGAUCAAAAUUGUUACUUUUUUUGUGCGAGAUUCUGACUCUUUUAGUUGAAGGCAUAUGAGUUUGUUUGGUAA